GCUGUCACCGAGGGUAACUCAGAGCAGACUUAGAAAGCGGUUGAUUUAAAUCAGCACGACAUUCCCCCCACCUUGUGUAUGCAUUAUUUUAGCAAUCCUCUCUAAAUACUGGAGGCACUGGACUUCAUGUCAGCAGAAGGAGUCAAAAUUGCCAAAACUGUAAUCUGUUAGAAACAGCUACUCUGUAGGAUUUGAAUUUUUAAGGAGGCAAGUUUCAGUUUGCUUUAAAGAGAAAUUAAGUGAUGUUUGUAGCCAAAUGAAUUGACAUUUUAAAUGUAGAAGAAACACUGGUAAAUAUUUAUUUCAAGAGUCAUGAGUAGGGAAAAUAUGGACAUUUAUUAGAGGGUAACUGCUUUCCACGCAAGAACAGGAUCUGCAAGUACCUGUGUGCUGUUGGGUGUUUUGUGAAGAUCAUUUUAGGUGAUUGGCCCAGGGAAGGAAAUGCCCCAGUGAUCCUGACACCACAGCGGCACUGCUGGUACCAUGUCGACCACGCAAACAACAGCCAGCUGCCACCUGUUCUGCAGUUUGCGCACGUGUAAGCAGAAGCUGCAGGAGGACCGGCCACAGCAAGAAAAAUCUGUCAUUGCUCAACCAGUAUUUAUUUUUGAAAAGGAAGAACAAACUUUUAAGAGACCAGCCGAAGACACCUUGUAUGAAGCAGCAGAACACGAAUGUAAUGAUCAUUCAAGAAAGCGUGUACGAUCUUCGUCUUUCACCCUGCACACUGCAGAUGCUCAGGCCCAGGGAGUGUCAACCUUGUCUCAGAAGCGAAUGAGAUCUUCAUCCUUCACUGGCCUCCCAACCUUCCCCACUUCUGGGCCAGUGAAGGAAAACAAUAUUUUUAUGAAAUCAACUCUUGUGAAAAGGAAUAUUGAUAUGAACAGUGAAGAACAAGGUACCGUGAAACAUUCUGAACAUGUUCUAAGACCUGCUAUUUUGCAGCCACCUCAAUCUCAAAUCUAUGAAAAAGCAAGAAAGUCAUUUGAGCACAACACAUUGGAAUCCAGCAAGAUGACAGAAAAAAUAAAGCAUAGGAUUUCUGAGGGGAGCUCCUAUUUAUUAAGUGAGAAUUUACCAAGUACCCAAAUUUCUGUCCAGCUGUCUAUUGACCAACCUUUUGUAGGUAUAACAUCAGUAGGGUGUCAAUCAAGUGAAGAUAAGUUUUCUUUUAAAAGUUGCAGUCCUGACUUCGUUUUUGGAGAAAACAUGGUAGAAAGAGUUUUGGGUACUCAAAAACUCAUCCAGCCUCAACUUGAAAAUGAUUCAUAUGUCAAGGAAAAAACAUUCAAGUCCACGCUGAAGUUUCCCAUCAACUCUCCAAAUUCAAGAACAGACUCUGUUAAAAACAAAUCACUACUUGAAUCAGCUGCUGCUUUCUCUUCCCAACUAUCACAAAAAUGCUUGCUUAAGAAAGUUGAUGUUAUAACAGGGGAAGAAGCAGAACAUAAUGUUUUAAAGAUCAACUGCAAGCUUUUUCUAUUCAACAAAACAACACAAUCUUGGACUGAAAGGGGCAGAGGAACUUUGAGACUGAAUGACACAGCAAGCAGUGACUGUGGAACAUUACAGUCAAGACUAAUUAUGCGCAACCAAGGCAGUCUGAGGCUGAUCCUCAACAGCAAACUCUGGGCUCAAAUGAAGAUUCAGAGAGCAAAUCACAAAAAUUUACAAGUAACAGCUACUGAUUUUGAGGACUAUAGCAUUAAAGUAUUUUUAAUUCAGGCCAGUGUCAAAGACACAGGAUACCUGUACGCAGCAAUACAUCAUCGUCUUGUUGCACUUCGAAGCUCCAAUAAGCAAAAAGAUGUCAAUCAAGCUGAGAUACAGUCAGAAACAGUCCUCCAGCAAGUAAACUUCGAGAGCUGUGAUGAGGAUGAGGAUGAGGAUGAUUUCAUACCUGUCACCAAGAAUGGAUCAGAUCCUUCUAGGUGGACCCACAGACAGUCCGUUGCUUGUUCAUGAGCACUACUUACUAUAAAUACGACAACAUCUACAAAACGAUCAGCUACCCUACUGAAAUAAAUGAAACCAUCCUAACUAAAUGAAAGAUCCUAUUCAUUCCCUGAAGAGUUUUUAUGAAACACAGUUUGUUGCAAUUAAAUUUUUUCUCUUAUGUUUUGCAUGUCACAUUUUUAUUAUUCUGGAGAAAUGAUAGAAUUUAAGAAAUAAAUGGACUUCAGAAGUUCAAAAUUUAAUCAUUUUUGAAGAA